AUGGGAGAUUUCAAUGGUCACCACACUUUGUGGGGAUGCGAGGAUGUAAAUACUCGAGGCAAACAAUUAGAUGACUUAAUUAUAUUUAACGAUAAAAGUCGAACUUAUUUUCACGCUGCAAAUGGCUCUUUCACUUCAAUUGAUCUAACUUUAUGUAGUCCAUCACUGUUUCUGGAUUUGUCCUGGAAAGUCGGUCCAGACCCCUGUGGCAGUGACCACUUUCCGAUUUUUUUGGAGAAUGAUGGACCACCAUCACUUGAAAGAGUUCAAAGAUGGAAGUUAUGGAGGGCUGACUGGGAUCAGUUUCAGCAUCUAUGCAGCACUCGUCUGCAACAAUCUGCCAUUGACGAUGCUGACUACCUCAUGUCCUCUUUUACUUCCAUUUUGAAAGAAAUUGCAGAAGAAACUAUUCCCAAGACUUCGGCAGUGCCGAAACAUUUCACUAAACCAUGGUUCAAUGAAUCAUGCAAAGAUGAUAUUAAGGAACGAAACAGGCACAUUGAGAGGUUUAAACGGGAACCCACCUGGGACAACCUCUCUGCCUAUCGUAUUGCUAAGGCAAAGGCCCGCAGAGAGAUCAGACAAAUCAUGUUGGCAUCAGAGGCAGAAAAGGCAGAUUGUGCUGCCAAGUCUGCUUUGACUUUGCCACGUACCAAUGCUGGUAUUCCCUAUAGUGAUCUCAAACAUCACAGAUUUGGUGGCUGUGAAGAGGAAAAUGCAGUUCAGGAGUGGGGUGAUUUUAAACAAUACAUGAGUGACCACAUGCAUUCAAAAACUGCUUCAGAUGUUGUUCGUGAUCUAGUUGCCAACAAAGGCUUAAAACUUGUUUAUCCAAUUAUGGCAUUUCUUGCAGAGAUUUACAUGGUUCUACCACCACAUGCAGCAGACUGA